AUGCGCCUCUUGGAGCGCAGACCCGACGGCAACCUCGUCUUUCGCGAAUCCACUGACAACGACCUCCUCGCUUACGCAAUCCUCUCCCAUACUUGGCUAAUAAAUAACAACGAAGAGGUCAGCUUUCAGGAUGUAGAGGCGGGCACCGGCAAGAGCAAGGCAGGGUGGAGGAAGAUCCAGUUUUGCGCGGACAAGGCGGCGGCUGACGGCCUUCGAUACUUCUGGAUAGAUACCUGCUGCAUCGACAAGAAGAACAGCACUGAACUAUAUAAAGCUGUCAACUCUAUGUUCCGUUGGUACCAGAACGCCGCUCGAUGCUAUGUCUAUCUCUCCGAUGUUUCGGUACAAGAUGGCAAAGCGCUGCUUCAGCAAGGUAUCUGCCAUUGGGAGGCGGCCUAUAGGAAAUCCCGAUGGUUCACGCGUGGCUGGACACUCCAAGAGCUGCUGGCGCCGACGUCGGUGGACUUCUUCAGUUCAGAAGGCGAAAAGUUGGGAAGCAAGGUCUCGUUAGAGGGUAUUAUUCACGACAUUACCGGCAUUCCAAGAAUAGCCUUAAGGGGAAAGCCUUUAGGCGACUUCAGCCGUAAUGAGCGUAUGUCGUGGGCAUCAAACCGGCACACCAGGGAAGCAGAGGAUGAAGCCUAUUCCUUAAUUGGUAUUUUCGACGUGUCUAUGCCGCUCAUCUAUGGGGAAGGGAAAGAGAAGGCUCAUAAACGACUUCUGGAAGAGAUUGACAAAACUUACAGAGGAUAUGAUUCCGAUCAAUUCGCUGUCAGGUUUGAUGUCUCGGCCAUCCCCGAGGCCGUGCAAUUCCUGGUCAUCGAAUACGUCAGGCGGUAUAAAGAGAAAUACACUGCGAUCUUCUGGGUAAAUGCAAAAGACGAAGAUACUAUAAAGUUGAGUUUUCGGGAUAUCGCAAAGUAUAUCCUCGAGCAACAGAUGGGACGGUCUUCCACCAGUACACUUACCAGCCUAGACUUGAACGGGAACCUCGACCAAGUCAUUGCGGCAGUCAAGACUUGGCUCAACCUCCAAAGGAACACGGGGUGGCUAAUGAUCUAUGAUAAUUAUGAUAACCCCCGGAUAGCUGGCAAUCGUGACCGCUCAGCCGUCGAUAUACGCAAAUUCCUCCCCCGCGGUGAUCACGGUUCAAUCAUCAUCACUACACGAUCGGCACAAGUUAGUCAGGGUCGUCGCAUCCAUAUCCAGAAGUUGCAGAAUAUUCACGACGGCCUUGAAAUUCUAUCAAACACGUCCAAGCGGGAGAAUAUCGAAAACGACUGUGGUGCUGUAGCGCUCGUCAAAGAACUCGACGGCUUACCUCUGGCUCUUUCGGCGGCUGGAGCAUAUCUGGAGCACGUCACUACGAGUUUCUCGGAUUACCUUCGGCUCUACAAUGAGUCGUGGUUGAAGCUUCAGAUGACGAGUCCACAAUUGAGUUCCUACGAGGAUCGGUCACUGUACACGACAUGGCAGAUCACCUUUGAUCGGAUCGAACAGCAGAAUGCUGCAUCGGCCAAAUUGCUUAAAUGGUGGGCAUACUUUGAUCGACAGGAUGUGUGGCUCGAACUCCUCCGACAUGCAAAGUCCUCGGGCGACGAAGGGAUACAGAACCUAACCGAGGACGAACUCAACUUCAAUGAAGCCGUUGCGCUGCUUUGCAGCUUCGGGCUGGUGAGUGCAGACCGGUCUGUUCAGCAGCAAUCCGGAACUGGAGGGUAUAGUGUACACAGCUGUGUGCACUCGUGGACCGUGUCUGUUCUCAACAAAGAGUGGGACGGAGAGUUAGCAAGGCUGGCGUUGACUUGUGUGGCCUUAGAGGUCCCCAGUACGAAUGAAAAGGACCGGUGGCUCUUACAACGGCGACUCCUUCCACACGCUCUACGACAGGAUGUCUUUAUAGCGGAAGGGAAGGUAGAUGUCGGAGAACUGGAUUGGGCUUUUUACAAUCUCGGCAUCAUUUACUUCGACCAAGGUAAGCUGGCCGAGGCGGAGAAGAUGUACAUCCGGGCCUUGCAAAGCUACGAGGAAGCAUGUGGUCCGGACCACACAUCCACCCUCGAUACGGUUAACAAUCUAGGCCUACUCUACGCCGAUCAAGGCAAACUAGGUAAAGCGGAGAGGAUGUAUAUACGAGCGCUCAAAGGCUAUGAGGAGGUGCUUGGACCGGACCACAUAUCGACACUGGAUACCGUCAACAAUCUAGGCAACCUCUAUGCCUACCAAGGCAAGCUAGCUAAGGCGGAGAAGAUGUGCAUUCGGGCGUUGCAAGGUAAGGAGAAGACACUUGGACCAGACCACAUAUCGACCCUCGAUACGGUCAACAAUCUCGGCAACCUCUACGUCUACCAAGGCGAGUUGGCCGAAGCGGAGAAGAUGUAUAUUCGGGCGCUGCAGGGUAAAGAGAGGGCCCUUGGACCUGACCAUAUAUCGACACUCUCGAUGGUUAACAACCUAGGCAACCUCUACAAGAACAGAGGCAAGCGAGCCGAGGCGGAGAAGAUGUACAUUCGAGCACUGCAGGGCAAGGAGAAGGCACGUGGACCGGACCACACUUCGACCCUCGACACGGUGCACAAUCUAGGCCUGCUCUACGCUGACCAAGGUGAGCUAGCCGAGGCAGAGAAGAUGUACAGUCGAGCCCUACAAGGCUACGAGGCGGCCCUCGGUGUCGAGCUUAUGCGGUCAUAUAUGCCCGCGUUGAACACCAUGAUCGCCUUUGGUGAUCUGUACUCGCGAACAGAUCGCAGAAACAUGGCGAGAGUAAUGUAUACUCGAGCAUUAUCUGGAUAUAUUGCCAUUCAAGGGCCUUCUUCGGAAUGGUGUGGUAAAAUCAAGCACCGGCUUCAAGCAUUGCAACUUCCAUCAGCUGAGCCCGAGACUCUGGAUGAGCAGAACGGAACUGGAAAGCCUGGGACAAGAUCUCGUCCACGGAGAGAUUUUCGCAAACCAAGAACGUGA